ACGGAAAAAAUGUUCCGUUAUCAGAAUCGCAAUCAGAGGAAGUAAUAAAGUUUAUAUACACAUUUAUAAGCCUCUUUCACAUUUGUACGCACCGGCAACGUUGUAAAUUCUUGAAUAUGCAUACAUACAUACAUACAUGUAUGUAUUCGUAUAGUGAGGAGGUCUGAAGAUAAAGCUUACUUUUACAGUUUGUCAUUCUGAGACACUGUCCUGUACCAACCAAAAUCCAUAGCCCGAGAAGAAAAUGCAGAUGACCCAUUAAAGAGAGAGAAAGUGAGGAGAGAGAGGAGAGAGAAGAAAGUUGGAGCACAUUUGUGAGAGUAGGUGAGAGGAGAACGAAAAUGGGGUGAAAGUGAAAUUUUAGCAGCUGGGGUGGUUUUCAGAACGACGGCUGCUGAUCAAGAUUCUGUAUUUUUGCUUUUGAUUUGGUUUUUGACUUGAGUUCUGACUGAAGAUUCAGUUUUUUUGCAGUUCUGGUGUGUGUUUCCAUACUGGCCUGGAUCCACGACCUGUCGUUCCAUCACUGGAAUAAAGGGCUAGUUUUUCCAAGAUCUAAGCGAGUUGCUUUUCUGUUCUUUGCUGGAGUUAUGGCGACCUUAUUACAUUCUGAAUCUAGACGCCUGUAUUCUUGGUGGUGGGAUAGCCACAAUACCCCAAAAAACUCAAAAUGGCUCCAAGACAAUCUUACAGAUAUGGAUGGCAAAGUCAAAUCCAUGAUCAAGCUCAUUGAAGAAGAUGCCGAUUCGUUUGCAAGAAGGGCUGAGAUGUACUACAAGAAACGGCCUGAAUUGAUGAAAUUGGUGGAGGAGUUCUACCGGGCUUAUCGUGCAUUAGCUGAGAGAUAUAAUCAUGCAACGGGGGAACUCCGCCAUGCACAUCGAACCAUAGCACAGGCAUUUCCUGACCAAGUACCUUUUGAACUUGUUGAAGAUUCACCUUCGAGAUCUUCGGGCGAAGAUCCAAACACACCAGAAAUAAAACAUCCGGGGCAUGCAUUCUUCGAUGCAGAUGAUAUGCCUGAGAAUGCAAGGGUGCUUUCAACGUCCGAUCCGAAAAGGGGCAUGAGAAAGAGGGGUUUGAAACAAUUACAUGAGAUGUUUGGAGGCAAAGAAGCAGCGGCCGAGAGUUCAAAAUCUACCAAUGGAAGGGAAAGAAUGGAUCCAGAACAGGAAAGGGAUAGAGAAGAAAGGUUUCAUGAUGAACUGCAGCAAUUGGCACUUCAAUAUCAGAAUCUUAAAGAGAAGAUUCUUCAGGAGACUGAAAGAGCAGGGAAAGCUGAGAGUGAAGCUCAAGGCUUAAAGAAAGCCCUUGCUGAUAUGCAAGCUGAAAAGGAAGAUGUCUUUAUCCAGUAUCAACAAUGUCUGGCAAAGCUGUCUAAAAUAGAGCAAGAGCUGAAUAAUGCACAAAAGGAUUCAACGAGGCUCAAUGAAAAAGCCAGCAGGGCUGAAAUUGAAGUCCAGACUAUGAGAGCAGCCCUUAUUCAGUUGGAGGCUGAGAAGAAUGCUGGAUUGGUCAAACACAAUGAGUAUUUGCAAAAGAUAUCUCAUCUGGAGGCUAUGGCUUCUCAACUCCAAGAAGACAAGAUAGGACUUUACAACAGAGCCAAUGAAGCAGAAAGUCAAGCUCAAAUUCUUAAAGAUGAAAUGUCAAGAUUAGAGCUUGAAAAGGAAGCGUCCCUUCAUCAGUACAGGCAGUGUCUUGGAAAAAUAUCAGAUCUAGAAAACAUCAUCUCUGUUAUGGAAGAUGAGGCCAGACUGCUUAAGAAGCAAGCAGAAAGAGCUGAAACUGAAGUCUCUGAACUGAAAAAGGCUUUUGCUGAUCUGAAUGAGGAGAAAGAAGCCUCGGCUCUCCAGUACAAGUGCUGCUUGGAAACAAUAUCCAAACUUGAGAAAGAAAUAUCCAGUGCCAAAGAUGAUAUCAAGCGCCUCAAUAAUGAAGUUGUGACUGGAACUUCAAAACUCAGGACUGCUGAAGAGAAGUGUAAUCUGUUGGAGAUGUCUAAUCAAUCACUGCGGGUUGAGGCGGAUAAUCUGGUAAAGAAGAUUGCAAAGAAAGAUCAAGAACUUUCGAAGAAGCAGGAGGAGUUGGAGAAACUUCAGGUUUGUAUGCAAGAGGAGCACUUGCGUUAUUCACAAGUUGAAGCCACUCUCCAGACUCUGCAAGAUUUGCAGUCUCAAUCACAAGAAGAUCAGAGGGCUCUGGCCCUGGAGCUCCAAAACAUGCUUCUAAUGCUAAAAGACAUGGAAAUAAGCAAAAAUGGCUUGGAAAAAGAAAUUCAGCAGGUUAGGGAUGAAAAUCAGAGUUUGAGUCAAACAAACUUGUCUUCAGCCAUUUCUAUGGAGAAAAUGCAAAAUGAAAUCCUUAGCUUGAGGGAGAUUAAGGAGAGGCUUGAAAACGAAGUAUCACACCACAUGAUCAUAAAGGAAAUUCAAGGCUUGAACAGUAGCUAUCAGACAUUGGUUGAGCAAGUUGAAGCAGCAGGUCUGAACCCACAAUGUAUUGGAACUUCACUGAAGAGCUUGCAAGAUGAGAACUCAAGGCUGCGACAGAUAUGUGAGGAAGACAGCAAUGAGAGAGCAAUUCUGUCAAAGAAGCUAGAGAACAUGGAAGAACUUUUGAGUAAAAAAUUGUAUGUAGAAAGCUCCCUGUCAGACUUGAACAGUGAACUGGAGAGCUCAUGUGAAAAGGUGAAGGCAUUACAAGAAUCCUGCCAAUUUCUCCAUGGAGAAAAGGCCGCUCUUGUUGCUGAGAAAGCUUCUCUUCUGUCCCAGUUACAGGCGAUAACUGAGAAUAUGCACACUUUACUGGAAAAAAAUGCUGUUCUAGAGAAUUCUCUGUCUACUGCAAAAGUUGAGCUUGAAGGCUUGAGGGAAAAAUCAAAGGGGUUAGGAGAGAUCUGUGAAUUGCUCAAAGACGAAAGGUCUCAUCUUUUGACUGAAAGGGGUAACUUGGUUCUUAAGUUGGAAAAUGUGGAGAGAAGACUGGAAAGCCUGGAGAAAAGAUUUACAGGAUUGGAAGAUAAGUGCGCUGACCUGGAGAAGGAGAAGGAAGUCAUGCACUGUCAAGUGGAGAAACUCAAGGUUUCCUUAGGUGUGGAAAAGCAAGAAAGAACAAGUUCCCAGCUCCGAAGUGAGACCAGGUUGGCUGGACUCGAAAACCAGAUUAAUCUCCUCCAAGAAGAAAAUAGACGGAAGAAAAAGGAAUCUGAAGAGGAACUUGAUAAAGCUCUAAAAGCCCAGUUCGAGAUAUCCAUCUUGCAGAAAUUCAUCAAAGAUAUGGAAGAAAAAAAUUACUCGCUCAUUAUUGAGUGCCAGAAACAUGUUGAGGCAUCCAAAUUGGCAGAGAAGCUGAUAUCAGAGCUGGAGAGUGAAAGUCUUGAGCAGCAGGUAGAAGCCGAACUCCUGUUGGAUGAGAUUGAAAGACUAAGGUUGGGCAUAUACCAAAUUUUCAGGGCCCUGGAAACUGGUCCGGAUUGCGGUCCUGAGGACAAGGUCGAAAACGAGCGAACUUUUGUCCAUAAUAUUCUUGGUAGUAUUGAAGAUAUGAGAUGUUCCAUCUCUAAACAUGAGGAUGAAAAGCAGCAGCUGUUAGUUGAGAACUCAGUUCUACUGGCUCUACUUGAGCAGUUGGAGUCCAAGGGCAUGGAAAUCGAGUCCCAGAAGCUUUACUUGGAGGAGGAGUCCAAACUCAUGGCUGAAAAGCUAGCUAUUGUCAAAAACGAAAAAGAUGAACUCUUAGAGAUAAACAGGCAAUUGAAGGCCGAUGUGAACGAGGGUCAUCAAGAUGCUGCCGUACUUCAGGCCGAAUUGGGGAGUCUUUGUGUUAAACAAGCUGAUUUGCAGAAAGCUUAUAAUGCAUUACAGGAAGCAUACUCUCAAGCAAAUCAGGACAAUACGUAUUUGCUGAAGAAGUUUUCUGUUCUGAAAGAGGAGAAAUACCAGCUAGAUCAGCAUAAUGAUGAUGCUCUCCUGGAACUCUUAGCAACUGAUAACCAAUCUGCGGUGUUGAGGAGCUUUGGGACACAGAAAAUUUCAGAACUAAAGUUGCUUCUUGAAGAUCUGAACAGACAGCGUGAGGUUAACAGUAACCUUGAAAAGGAAAUGAGCGUAUUGCGAGAGAAGCUGGAGUUGCAGAAGGCUGAAAAUUUAGCCCUUAAAGAUGCUGUGCGCAGCUUGGAGGUAGAGAUGCAAGGGAUCAGAGAACAUAAUGUUCAAAUGAACCAGGACAUAAUAAAUGGAAAAGAGAGUCUAAUUCAAACAGAAGCAAAACUCUUGGAUACAGAAAUGAAGCUUGAAGAAGCUGAAAAGUUGAACUCCACACUGUGCAGCACAGUGGAUGAACUGAAGAUUGACAUUGAAAAGUCACUGCAGAUAAGAGAAAAUCUUGAAAAGAAUAUGGUCCAGCUUUCUGAAAAUAAUUCCAUUCAAAAGGAGGAAAUCAAGAGUCUCCAUACAAUCAACAAAACUUUAGAGUCUGAACUUGGCUUACUUCGUCAAGAAGUAGAAGAAAAUAUAGUCAGAGAGCAGACUCUGAGUACAGAGCUCCAGGACAUGAACAAUGAAUUUGAACUCUGGGAGGCUGAAGCAGCAACUUUUUGUUUUGAUCUUCAGGUCUCGUCUGUCCAUGAAGUUUUGUUGAAAAAUAAGGUGCAGGAGCUUACUGGCGUGUGUCAGAAUCUUGAGAAUGAACAUGCUGAAAAAACAUCGGAGAUUGAACUAAUGAAAGGGAAAAUUUGUUUCAUGGAGAACAAAAUUAGUGACUUGAAAUCCCAACUACAUGCAUAUGCUCCCAUUGUUGCUUCGCUAAGAGAUGAUAUAACACUCCUUGAGCAUAAUGCACUUCUUCAAACAAAGCUUAAAGCAGCCCAUAAUCAAGAGCCAGAGUUCUUGGAAGUUGAUACUCAUCCCAGUCAAGGUACUUCUCAAAUACUUCUGGAAGAUCAAUCUCUUCUCAGCCUGCAGAACCUGCGGAUGAGAGUUCAGGCAGUUGGAAAGUUGAUGGAAGAAAUGAAUAAACCUGUUUUGCCGAGAAGAUCAAAUUCCAAUGACACACAAGAACAGGUUACAAGUGAGAAUGACCAGUUAAAACCCCGCCGUAGCCUUCAUAGAGACAAGCACAAGUAUAGCAGGAACGAAGGUUAUGGAAAUGAGCUCAAUGAUUCUCCCAAGUUGCAGAAAAUGAAAACCAAAGCUUCUGAAGUCAGGAAUGGGAUGCUAAUGAAGGAUAUUCCUCUUGAUGAAGUGUCUGAUAGCUCACGACGUGGAGUGCGAACUAGAGGUGACGUUGCGGCCGACGAUCAGAUGCUUGAGCUGUGGGAAGCUGCUGAGGACGGAAACAGAGAUCAGACAAUUGGCGAGUCACUUAGGAUGUCAUACAAAGUGAUGGAAAAGGAUAAAGUUUACAAUCAAUUUGAAAAUGUAAAAGGGAAGUCUUGCCCUCCUACUGAUUCAGAUGUGGAGAAAGAGUUGGGUGUAGAUAAGUUGGAGUUAUCAACGAGAACCACCGAGCCAAUUAAAGAAGUGAAUGACAGAAAGAUCCUGGAUGGACUUGCUGCUGAUGCCCAGAAACUGGAAAUUCUUCAGACAACAGUGCGAACAUUAAGAAAGAAACUGGAGACUAACAAAAAGAGUAGAAAGGCCAAGAAUGUUGAUCUUGAAACAGUUCAUGAACAGUUGAUUGAAGCUGAGGAUACUCUCAUACAUCUAGUGGAUUUGAACGGUCAACUAGUGAAAAACAUAGAAGAGUGUCCUCCAGAUGAAAUGGCAUCACCCCGGCUGAGAGAGACCGUGAAAACAUGGAGACGGAAAGUCAUGGAACAGGCUGAAAAAGGGUCGGAAAGGAUAGGCAGGUUGCAACUAGAGGUUCAGAAAAUUCAGUACGUCCUGUUAAAACUGGAGGACGAGAAGAAAAACAAAGGGAGAAACAAGUUCUUCAAGAGCAAAACCAUUAUCAUGAGAGACUUUGUUGAGAACGGAAGGAAGAACAGUGGGCGACGCAGGAAGGCUCCUCGUUGUGGAUGUUUUAGGCAAUCAACAAGUAGAAAUGAAAACGGUUUGUAGUUUUUUCUUACAACUGCAAUUUGGCUUUGACUGGCAAGUACAGUUCUUGUAUGAUGUCGGUAGGAUUGUCUCUUUAAUUAGUCGGAUAAAACUGAUUUCCUUGGUCUAGGAUGUGUGAGGAUUAGAUUUGAUCUAAUUCCAACAAUCUACUUCUUGCAUUUUCGUUUUUCGCUUCCUGUUGACUAUGCAGAGUUUCCUUUCUGUUAGCCCGAAUGAAGGAUGGGAAUUGUGCUUUAUUGUUUCA